UUUUUUGUUGUAGUUUCAACACUCAAUCAAUCUCGCUGAUUUUCGCGUCGAUUAUGGGUGGACGAACAAUGGAUCCUCGCUCGAAAGCCCCCGCUUCCGCAAAGAGGCUUUUGGCCACAAUUGCCCUCCUCGGCGCCGCGAUAGAGCAGACCACGAUCUUCGUGUCCGCCAUUUCAGUCACCGCCGUCGGGCAGGCGAAGAAGAAACAAAGGCAUGUGGAAGUGGUGCGUGAGAACGACCAGAAGAACGACAACGUAGCUGCAUCCAGGACUCCUCCCACGGAGCAGGACGAGCUCCUCCAGCUGGACGACCACAGGACCACUACAGAGGAACUGCCCACCUCUUUUUGCGUUGACUCCGAAACGGUUGACGAAAUGAACGCCAGGAUGGCCGAAAUGAAGAACAAAACUGCCGCUGCCUGGAGUGCUUUCAAGGAGAAAUGGGCGAAUUACAUCUACGAUCCCGCGGUGGAUAAGCUCACCGAAUCGAAGGAGAAGUUUCACGCGAAGGUUCAAGAGCUGGAAAAAAUGGCGGAGUCUACGCUGGGCGAAAUGCGCGAGGAAGCAAACGAAUUUGCCGCCGCGGUGUUACUGCCGGCGAUGGACGACCUGGGGUUGACGGACGAAAUGAAGCAGAUGUACGACAUUGCCGGGGAAAUGGCCGGCUUUGCCGAGGCGAGUCUGUUGUUGGUCAAGGAAUUUGGGCUGAACGCGGUGAAACUCCCCGGCGCUUUUUUUGAGUACCGCAAGCUCCAGUGCCGGCUGUACGAAAACACGUUGCCGUCCGCGAACAUUACAAAUGCGGGAGUAGAGGAGACGGUGGAAACGCUGACGCUGGACCGGAAAAAGGACCUCUACCGCAGCAUCGCCUACGCAGACGCGUGUUACAAAGGGUCGGAGGAGGAGUUCCGCAAGAAACUCCAGGAGAAUGCGGAGGCGGGUUCCAAGCUCGCUCUGAGCAAGGUAAAGAUAAACUAGUUGUACUAGGUCUAGGAUUUGUAAAUGAAACGAAUUUGUUUUAUGUAAAAUAUUCUUGACACCACGAGUUGUGAGACUUUCGCGCAAAAUGAUGGCUUGUGAUUUCAUACUCACCUAUGUUGUCGGCCGUUCGUACGGGUGAGGUAGAUGUUGACACCUUGUUGUUUUGGGCGCUGUUUGCUCGAUGUUGCGCUGUUUACAACUUCAUUAUGCGUAUCACUGCGCACGCACAGAAAUAGUACUUUCUACCUAAAUUCGAGGAUGAUGCGCCGCUCGACAGCAGGGAACAGGGUUUUUGCUUAGGUCCAAAGUACUUAGUUCUAUUACGGUUUUACAGGACCGCUGGGCGUUCGGUGAGGGUUUCGACGCGACGAAAGCGGAGUGGAUCGACAUCCUGAAAGCCCGGUAUGAGGCCGAUGUGAAAAUGCCGGCCUAUGUUCUCUUCGGCGACAAGCAGCGGAAGGCUGUGGUGCUGGCGAUUCGCGGGACCAAAGCCAUUGACGACGCCAUCACGGAUCUCCGCUACAAGACCGUGUCCGAGGAAAUGGCGAGCUACUUUGACGAGGGAUCUCUACAAACGAAAGAGCAACUGGACGGGCACAACGCGCACCCCGCAAUUUAUUUGGCGGCGAAAGACACGGCGGCGGAAACGGAGCAAGCGAUCACGGAUUUUUUUGCAGAUGCUGCUCAUGCGGGCACCUACAAGGACCUGAUCAUUACCGGCCACUCGCUGGGCGCGGCGACCGCCUCCUGGGUUUACAGCCUGUGGACGGAGUAUCCAGGAAAAAAAGUGUGUAAAAAGUGUAACUUUCUUGGAGGAACAGCAUCACAAAUUUGCUCUGCAUGACAGAGAAAACCUCCUCUCAUGGUCAUGCGUGGUUUGUAACGAGGGAAAACACAAGUGAAAAGAGGACUGCAUGGUUGCCUGGCAUGACAGGUGUAAUUCUGUUGCAUGUUCUGCAUGACAGAGUUACACUUACACACUUUUUUUCUUGCAUACGGAGCAGGCGGAAAAGGCAAGUGGUCAACACCAAUUCGGCGCUGACGUGACGAUCUGGGGCUACCCGCACGCCCUCCCGAGCGUGGUGGACUCCUUGCCGACCUUCCCCUUCGCGACCUUCCUGGGCACGGUGGCCAACGACGACGCAGUGCCGCGGCUGAACACGCCUGGCCGGGUCGUCACCGUGCUGGCCGAGCAGAUUGCGCUGCUGAUGCGGUACAAACAGCAAAAUCCCCCCCCGAGCGACGAUUCUUCCUCUGCAUUGCAAGCCUACCAAGACGAAAUGUGGAAACACAUCCAAGAGGAACAAGCGGACAUUGACUUUUUUCACGCCACCACCUGGCGCCCGGCGGGGCAGGCGGUAUUGUAUCUGCCUAACUCCGAAGAAAAAGAGAAGCGGGACUGCCACGGGGACCACGCCCUCACCGGGCGGGCUGCGCACUAUUCUUUGACCUCACCCGUGGCGUUUGAUGAGCUGAUUCUGUCCUUCCAAAUGCUGUAUCAACUGCAAAAAUGUCUGGGUCUGGAAGAUUGCCAGGUUUGUGAUGCAUAUUUUGCAUGACGUAUGAUGUCUGUGAUGCAUGCCCUAGCGUCACAUAUUUUUAGAGGACUUUGCGAUGCCUCUACCGCAUGAGAAAUGACCUGUCCGCAUAUCACAAACUGGAGUGCUCUUGCUGGGCAUGCAAUACACAUUUUUUUAGAAUCCAGAGACAGCAUAAGCAUUACAAGUUCGUUUUGCAUUACAGGAUAUGUAUGGAGUUCGUUUUUCUAUACCCAAAUGCGACCCGAAUAGGAGUAAUUCUCCUCCGUCAGCAUGCGCAUAGCAUUUGGGUGCCCUACUGGGUGGAAGGCUCUGCUACAUAAGCUAGAUUUUGUCAUGAACCUCCAGUCAUGUGUCCCAGUCCCAGUUUGUAUGAAGGGGGAUAUUGACUCUAGCUGUAGCAUUUCCAAGCGGCUGGAUUUCUACAAGCACUGCCUUCGCCCAUGUAGUGCAAGUGACAUCUUUUAGGGGGGUGCCUACCCUUUUGCAUGUUCGAUUUUGAUUCGUUAUUUCUUUUUUUAUAGAAUGAUGAUGAUAUUGUUUUGCCCCUGCUGUCCAUUUUGAUGUCGACUUCCACGACCCGGAACCGGUCGAGACGGUUACGCGGCGCCAACAAGCUCCCUUUACCACACCGUCCUGUUUCCCAAGCCGCCCACUCUGUUCCACCCCGGGACGACAUUCCCGUUCCCUUUUCCCACAUCGCGUCCCCCGGCAAGUAGCCGGUUUGAGCGGUUUCACGGCUUCAGCACCCGUUUUCCGGCCUAUCGUCCUGCUUCCGAACCUGCUCACUCCCUUCCACCCCGGGCCGACAUUUCCGGUUAGGCCGAUGUUACUGCAGAUCCGACAGCUACCGAUAGCUCCGGCGUGUCGAAUUCACAUGCCCACCGGUGAAAGCUUCCCAUCCGUCCUCAGCACGAUGCUGCGGCGCCCUGCCCUUGUUUCUCUACUUCCCCCCCGCCGCUCUACCUCGAGCUUGCCGAUGCCGAUUUCCAGAAAUGAUUAGAUGAUGGUGCUGGUGGUCAAGAAUCUUGUUCUUCACCUGCUGUCUUCGCGGAGCGCCAUGGAUGCAAAGGGGAAUUUUCCCACAUUUCGCUUUGCGCAUGGUACGCACGGGAAGCAGCACAUACGGGGGACAAGGGGCGCGACCGCCGGUGCCCGGGGUCCAACCGUCCCGUCCCACCCUCAUAGAAAAUACUUUUCAAAAUCAAAUUCGUAAACUCGCACUCAGCAUUACAAAUACUUAUUUUUUUUGGUAGAUUGCAUCUUUACGCUCGGUCUUAUGACAUCGGCGGCAGUCGCACUAUGUGCCCGGUGUAAAUUUCGAAAGUCCCUCGGCUUAAGGGUCAUAGUAUCGUAUUCAGGGCGCGCGGCUGCUAAAUGUUCGUUUGACCGUUCCUAAGUUACUAGUAUCACCUGAUCCAGUCUCGGCCUAUAGUAUUCGUGGACCUCCCCUUAGAGGAAGCGGGUGCGCUCGGUUGACCUAUUUCAUAGGUUGGUCAUGGGGAAUUUAUUUCCCAUUUGUCAUGCAUGAUCUUGGUCGCCGAUUCUUUUCUUUGCAUGGCGUGCUCGAGUACCGGGGUGAUGGAAGACGAAUUAGAAAACUAAUAGAUAAAAAAUGAAAAAAUCUUUACUACUCUUCGUGCAGCGGCUUCUGCACAUAACUUUAGUCUCGACCUUUAGCCCCGCCCCCCCAAAAAAAACAUUACAUAUUUUACUACGUCUCCAUCUACGUCCCAACGUGGACGUCUGCCGCGGCUUUCGGCAUUAGACGUUAACUAAAACGAGUGCGUUGCGCGGGUUUAGGGUUCCCCCGGUUUGUAUCUCCCGAGAGGCAUGCUUUGAUGGGUUUAGGGUUUCGAAAGAAUUUAUACCGCAUGACGCGUGACGGGAGCACGCAAUGUAAGCGCAGCGGGCGGGUACCGUUCUCGCCGUAACACAAUUCCAGAAAGAAAGAAAGAAACGCGAUCCGCUCCCGCAGGCAAAAAAAAAAAAAGACAGCAUUACAAGUUGCAAUCUUCCAGACCCAGACACUUUUGCAAUCCAUAUGCUGCCCGCCCACAAGACGUCCAACUACUUGGCGAAGGUGCUGCGCGUGUUGGAGCUGGAGGAGAAGGAGACCGAGCGCGACCUUCUGUCUAUCAAAUGUAAAAAUGUCUGGGUCUGGAAAAAUGCAACUUGUCAUGCUAAAUUUGCAGCAUGCAAAAAUCUGUGUUGCAUGAUUACCAAAAGUCGUCCAGUUUUGACCAAGUCGGGAGGCAAUUGCUCAUGCAGGAUAGGCAUGAGAAAAAUCGCACAGAAUCUGUCAUGUCGGGUCCUGCAUUCCAGACCUCACGGGUCAUGGAAAAGCUGCAUGACAAAUCGCGCACUCUUCCAGACCCAGACAUUUCUACAUUUGAUACUGUCGCCGAACCCGAACCCAAAUCCGAAUCCAAGCGUGUCGUCGCCGAACCAAAAAAAUUCGAAUCCAAACGGCGGAGGUUUGAUGGAAGCGGCGGCGGAGGUUGGAUAUGAAACGCAAAUAUUUAUGCCCCCUGGGUCUGGAAGGGUGCAACGUGUGUCAUGCACCAUUUGCAUGACCUAUGUAUGCGUUAAAGAUUCUGCGAGGGUUUUCUGAUGCCCAUCUCGCAUGAAAAACGCCCUCUUCGCGUAGCAAAAACUGGACGUCUUUUACUGUUCAUGCAAUACACGUACAGAUUGUAUCCAAAGUUAGCAUCACAAGUUGCAUCCUUCCAGACCCGGACAUGUUUGCACUUGAUAUGGGAAAGAAUGUAUUCGACACGGCCACAAACCUGAUUGGUGGAUUCAUGCGCACCGAUGACGUGCAAGCACCAGGCAAGGAUGUACAACCACCAGCAGCAGCUUCUGGUGCGGUCGUUGAUUACUCGAGUGCUGAUGUCGCUGGCGGAGGUCCGUCCGAUGUUGUUGCAAACGGCGGCGGCGGCAGUUUAGUUGUUUGAAUUUGCGGCGGAUCGUGCAUGUGCAUGAUAGAUAUCCAGCGCAAACUUUUCUCGCCGGAGUACCAAUGCUAUCAAGUAACAGGCACAUGUGUGUUACUGUACCAAAUUAUCAAUCGUUUUUUCACGAUUACACAGCAUUACAUUUUUCCUUUUUAUUCAGCCAGAACAUGACUGCCAAUCAAAAUCAAAGUAAGUAAAGUACAAAGUUUUUCUUUUUGUUUUUACAAUGUCAACCACUGCCUAAAAAAAAAGUGCACUGUCUAUUUUCGCUUCGCUUUCUUCUCUUCAACCCAAUGCGACAGGCUAAGCAUACUAAUUCUCGCAGUUCACAGCUCCGGCUUUACAAGACCAACGAAUUAUCAAAUCCGGCACUUUUUUAGUGCAGCACGACAGUUGUGAGGAGG